GUAUGUAUAAAAGCGACGAUCCGAUUAAUUUGGCACGUCGUGAUUGCAUUUACAAAAGAAAACCAUUGUAGACAUGCUGCGGUGUUGCGAGUCGCGAGGGAUGGUAAGCCGAUCGGAAGGCGCAGCAUCCACCUCCAGACGGGCAUCCAAAGUGUGUGUCACUGCCACAUGGAGAGUCCAUGAUCAAGCAAUUGCGGCAGCACGGCGAACAUUUUAGAAAACGAACAGAGGACCGAAGAGGAGUGACCGAGACAUGGGCUGCAUCCCAUUGCGUCACACGGCAGCAGUGUGCACGCGCCCUGAGCCGUGACGCCACCGCCAAGAAACCAAGAUGGGGGUCGCGACACCCAGUCGCCGGCAUUACAACUGUGUCCCGGCGGCCCAUUCCUCUUCCUUUGCUGGGAGGCGAGUGGCUUUGGUUGCAUUCUGGGUUUACGGCACUCACCGCUUUAUACGCAGUCCCGCUUCGGCACGGCCGCUGGCGAGCGGCCACUGCAGCAGUGACCCACACAUCUUUCCGGCCGCGACUCGUACGCAAGCAGAGGAACGAGGACAGUGGAUAGUAGGGUGGCGCAAGGCGAGCUAGGGUCAGUAUGACACACUCCGUGGAGCAGUCUACAUAUUUAAGCAGUGCUCUCCACUACGG